AUGGCUUCCCAAGAUGUCUAUAUGGCUCUGGAGAUUUUGGUGGGCCUGGCCUGUUGCCUGGGCAACCUGUUGGUGGUCUGGGCGGUGUGGAGGAACCGCUCCCUCCGGAAGCCCACCUUCUGCUUCGUGGUGUCGCUGGCGGCGGCGGACUUCCUGGUGGGCGCGGUGGCCAUCCCGCUGGCCAUCCUGGUGAAAAGGGAGGUGACCUCCUUCUACGGCUGCCUCUUCUGCACCUGCGUCAUGCUGGUUCUGACCCAGAGCUCCGUCCUGUCCCUGCUGGCCAUCGCCACGUACCGCUACCUGUGCGUCCACAUUCCUCUCAGAUACAAAAGAAUGGUCUCCCAGCAGCGUUCCUGGGUUGCUGUGGCGACGUGCUGGUUGCUGGCAUGUGUCCUGGGAUUCACCCCGUUGCUCGGGUGGCACAAGCCCAUGACAGAGAAGCAAUACGGCUACAGGUUCAUGGACGUGAUGGACAUGUCCUACUUGAUCUACUUCAGAUUCUUCGGCUGCAUCCUGGCCCCUCUGGUGGUGAUGGCUCUCCUCUACGCUCGCGUCUUCUGGACCAUCCAUAAGCGCCUGCAGGAGUCCGCAGCCAGCGGUUCGGAACACGGAACGUAUUACCUGAAGGAGCGGAACCUGGCGCUGUCCCUGGGCCUGGUCCUCGCCCUCUACGCCGUCUGCUGGCUGCCCCUGCACAUCAUGAACUGCAUCUCUUACUAUGGCGGUGAGGACCUGACUUUCGACGUGGGCGUCCUCCUCUCGUACGUCAACUCGGCCGCCAACCCCCUCGUUUACGCCUUCCGGAUCCGCAAGUUCCAAAAGGCCUACCUGGAAAUCUGGAAGCAGUACUUCCUGUCCCGGGGCAAGGAGGGGCCCCAGGGCGAGCAAUCGGGCGAUAACUUGGGCAGCGCCUGCCCGACCAGCACUAACCAGAGCGACAGGAUGGUGAGGGGGACCAUGUAAACCCAUUGGCCACGAGCUGGGGUUUUGAACGCUGAAAGUUGUUGGCGUGAGCGCCAGAAAGCAUUGCUCUCCAAAGUGUUCAGCGUCUCUGUGGCGGUCGGCGAUUGGCAGUUGGGAUGGGGAAUUUCUCUCUAUUUAAAAUGUCUCCUUCCGAGGUCGAAGAAGACAUUUUAUGUCUGUAUGCAAUAUAGUCAAGGAUAUUAGAAAACGAAAAUGGUUGUAUUUGUGUUGUAUGAAAUGUUGCUAAACAGCUUCUCCUAUCAUCCAUAUCAAGAGUAAAAACAUAAAUAAAAAAUAUCUAGAGAGAUAUAUAUAUUCAUAUAUUUUUUAA